AUGGUGUCAGUGAACAUCCCAGGGGUAGUCGGCAUCAUCUGCUUCUACCUAUUCAUCCUCGGUGUGGGUAUCUGGGCCGCUCGAAAGUCAAAGAAACCAACAUCGGUGACACGAAACCCACAGAAUGCUGAGCCACCGGGAGAGGGUGGAAUGACCGAUUCGGAGGAUGUUAUGCUGGCGGGAAGAGACAUCGGCCUCUUUGUAGGAGUCUUUACGAUGACUGCUACGUGGGUGGGUGGAGGAUACAUCAACGGUACAGCAGAGGCAGUCUACGAUCCACUACAAGGUCUCCUCCUCUGUCAGGCUCCCAUUGGUUAUGCGCUCAGCCUUGUGAUUGGUGGAAUGUUUUUUGCCAACAAAAUGCGCUCUUUGGGAUACGUGACAAUGUUGGAUCCACUGCAGGCAAAGUAUGGCGAGCGCAUGUGUGGUCUCCUCUUUAUUCCAGCCCUUUUGGGUGAAAUCUUUUGGUCCGCUGCUAUUCUUGCUGCCUUAGGAGCUACAAUAGCCGUAGUGAUUGGGAUCGACGGGACCAUUUCAGUCAUUGUGUCAGCCUGUAUUGCCAUGCUCUACACACUGUUCGGAGGCCUCUACGCUGUGGCCUACACUGACGUGGUUCAACUCUUCUGCAUUUUUGUUGGUCUGUGGCUCUCGAUUCCGUUUGCAAUGACUAAUCAAGCCGUACACUCAAUCACGAUCAAUUCGACACGCUGGAUCGGUUCUUUGUCAGCCAACGAUGCAGCACAAUAUGUGGAUAACCUACUAAUGCUCAUCCUCGGUGGCAUCCCCUGGCAAGUGUACUUCCAGCGGGUUCUUUCUGCAAGAACAGCCCGUGGAGCUCAAAUGCUCAGCUACAUGGCAUCAAUUGGAUGCCUAAUCAUGGCAAUUCCACCAAUUUUGAUUGGGGCUGUAGCCGCCAGUACAGACUGGUCGGCAACAGAAUACAACAGAACCGUAGACAAUAUCAUAAUUCCAUCAGAAAGGAAGCUGGUGCUGCCAUUGGUACUGCAGUAUCUCUGUCCUCCAGCAAUUUCUUUUGUCGGUCUUGGAGCUGUAUCAGCCGCUGUCAUGUCUUCUGCCGACUCCUCCGUCUUUUCCGCCGCCUCAAUGUUUGCACACAAUGUAGUGAAGCCCUUGUUCCCCUCUGCCUCUGAGCGUUGCAUUCUCUUGGCCAUGAAAGGCAGUAUUCUUGCUGUUGGGAGUCUCGCUUGUCUCCUCGGUAUCAUGAUUGAAUCCAUAUACGAUUUGUGGUUUUUAUCCUCCGAUCUUGUCUAUGUCAUACUCUUUCCUCAACUUAUAUCAGUUCUGUUUAUCCCCUUCACCAACACCUAUGGCUCAUUCGCUGGCUUCCUUGUAGGUCUAUUUCUGCGCCUUACCUCGGGAGAAAAGGCGUUUAACUUACCGGUACUCUUUCACUACCCUGGCUAUGACUACGAGGCAGGAUUACAGCGAGCACCAGUGAAGACAAUCGCUAUGUUGGGUAGUUUGAUGGUGAGCACUGCGGUCUCGUACCUCAUGCACCGAUUGUGGCUUGCCGGAAAACUGGAAGGACGGAGGGACUUCUUUGGAUGCAUGAGUAGAGAAAGGCAAACACCAUCGAAUGAACACCCAUCUUUAAGGGAAGCAAAGAAUUCGGACGUAGUAAAGGCGGUUGAGUUUCCGAUUACCUGUUUGAUCGACAAGAAUGUGGCCGAUGCAGAGAGCACGGAGCAGAAAGAGGAAAGGCAAAAGGAAGAGAAGGUGGACGAAGAGGAGGCCGAAGAGGCUGAUGUUCUCCUUAACAAAUGCGUCAAUGUAAAGGAGAAGUGA